CGUGCUGGCCACCUGGUGCUGGGCAGUGGGGAACGCGGUGGCUUGACCUGGGCUGGGAGUCGGGACCUGGGGUGACGGCUCUAAAUGCCCUCAAAGUCCCCUCACGUGCCCCCAUCCCCUCAGUGCACCCACAGGCAAGGCCUGCCAGGAGGCUGCUGCAGGAAUUCCUGUGCCACCACCCAUGCAGCCGGACAGGAGGCUGGUGCUUAGUGACCAGAGCAUUUUGGCCUGGGUGGUCUUUCACCACUUCACAAGAAAGAAAUUCUGUGCUUCUUACAGGCAAGGAAAAUACUGGUCAUGCUGCCAGACUUGAUGAAGACCCUGCAGAGUGCCCACAGCGACAACAAGAUGAAGGCCCUGCUCACGUUCAGAAACAUAAUAGGUCAUUUGAAGAAGAAGGCCAGCUCCAUCGCUCUGGAGCUGGCCGAGAAGCUCCUUCAACUCUUUGAUGAUGAGUGCAGCCAGACGCAAGAGCUCUCCAUCUGCCUCUUCAAAGAGAUAAUACAGAUGGCGGAUUGGAAGGACAAGCGGCAGAUGCAGAAGAAGGUGCGGAGGAGCCUGGUCCCGCUCAUGUUGCACAUGAGUGACGAGAUCGAGAGCGUGGCCAAGGCCUCUCAGGAAGCCAUCUGUGCAGCUGCGAAGGUGCUCAAAUGGGAAUGGCUCAGUCACCACGUGCAGACACUGGAGAGAUGGCAAACUGUGCAGCGCUUGCUGGAGCAGGAGCAGAGCAGAGCAGAAAAAUAUGUGCGUCAGAGCCUGCUUUACCUGCAGCACGCUCAGGUCAGCGUGCGACUGGCAGCUGUGAGGUUCAUUGGUAAGCCGCGGCCCCUGGAGUCCCUCUUUUGGCAGCCUGGCCCCAGUCCCAUCUGCUGCACUGGCAGCGAGGAGCAGCCCUGUGGCUGCCAGAGCAUCGACUGCCCCGUGCAAGGCCUGUGCAGCCAGGGGCUCUCCAACCCCUGCGCUCGCAGCGGGGCUCAGUGGCACCUUGCUCAGUGCCACCUCCCCCUGCGUCCUGUCCUUCCCUAA